CAAGAGUUCCCCAGUGAGCAGCCCAACCGGGAGCCCCAGCGCCCAGAGGCCAAGACCCCACAGCCCUCUGGUCUCCAGGGGCCAGACUUCGAAGACAUCAUGGCCACGAGGUCAUCCGACUGGCUCCAGCAGACCCCCGGAGUGGACACAGUCCACCAGCUAGACACGUGGCCAUCCUGGGACUCGGAGCCCCGGUUUUGGCAGGAUGUUCUGACAGAGCAGCUCUGGCAGAUUUUUACUGGGACCCAGGAGCGCCCAAGACGCAGGACGACAGAGCAGGCGCCAGGCCAGGUAAGUAACUGGAAUCCUCGGUACCUGGAAGGGUGGGCUUUGCCCUGGCUGGGCCCCCUGGCUUUGACCUCUAGAUGCCUGUGGGAUUGGCAUGCCUCCCCCACCCUCAGCCCUUGGAUACCCUCAGAGGACCUGAGCCUGUCUGCAGCUCUGCCUGGAUGGGAGGAUGGGACUUCAGGCAGUUGGAGCAUCCUGUCCACACUGCCUGGGCCCGCCUGCCAUGUUCCAGUUCUCAGACCAACCCUGGUCAGGUCCUUUGGUCUGAACUGAUCUCCCCAAUUCCCACGGGCAGGAAAGCCAGGAGCCAGCACCACGAUACUUGGGAGUGAAACUGCCCCCCAAGGACACUUUGGGUAAUCCUGGUGGGAGGAGGGCAGUCCGCCCUGGGGGAGGGGAGCCACGCCUGCCACUGAUCCACUCUUGUCUCUGCCCAGUUCUCAGCCCAGCUACGCCCUCCCCCAGCUCCUCUGAGGGCUCCCGAAAGGGAAGCACAGGACUGGGCACUGUAGGAGAGGGGGUGUUCUCCCACAUGGCCCAGGUGAGAUCCCCGCACCCCACACAAAGGCUGGGGGGGCUGGGGCGGGAGGAGAAUGUGGCUCAGCUGUGACCUCAUCCACCCGCAGGAGCUUCCUGUAAAAACCUAUCAAUUUCUGAAGCCCAUAUGCUGGGACCCUGAGGACUUUGAAAACACGUGGAAUAGGCCUGAUGCUUUGCCCUGGCAGUCCAAGAAGCUGGCCGUGCCACACAGAGUGGAGAAGAUACGGAGGCUGGAACAUGGGGAGCCCGUGCUGGCCAUGGCCGUCAGCAGCUUCACGCGGCACGCCUUCACCUGUGGCAGGGGCGGCGUCAAGGUGUGGAGCCUGGUCGGCCAGGUGGUGGAGGCCAGGUUUCCGGAGAGCUACCUGCGUGUACAGACCCAGGGGGCCUACCUGCGCACCUGCUUGCUGUUCUCAAACAGCACGGCCCUGCUGACGGGCGGCCACAACCUGACCAGCGUGAGCCUGUGGGACCUGACGGCACCUUCCCUGUACGUGAGAGCAGAGCUGCCCUGUGCGGGCCUCACCUGCCAGGCCCUGGCCGCCAGCCCUGAGGACAACCUGGCCUUUGCCGGUUUCACCGAUGGCAGCGUCAGGAUCUGGGACCUGCGGAACCGGAGCGUGGUCAGGAACCUGCCGGGUCACCUGAACGGUGCCAAGAGCAUCGCUGUCAAAGACCAGCACAUCUGGACAGGGGGUCUGGAUGCCUGCCUGCGGUGCUGGGACCUGAGGACCACUGGGGAGCCCCAGGAAUACCAGUUCGAGUCUCAGAUAAUGAGCCUGUCCCCCAGCCCCUGGGAGGACUGGGUGCUGGUGGGCACAGCCAACGGCCAGCAGUGGCUGCAGCCCAGCCUUGGGGGCCAGAAGCACAUGGUGGGGUGUAAGGACGGCACCAUCCUCGGUCUCAAGUUCUCCCCGCUGGGCCAGUGGUGGGUGAGCGUGGGGACGGACAACCUGGUCAGCAUCUUCAGCAUGCCCAUGGGGACCACAGUGGUCCAGGUACCCGAGACAUCCUCCAUCAUGUGCUGCGACGUGUCCCCCAGCAACCACCUGAUCGUCACGGGGUCCAGGGACCACGCCUCCGUGUACCAGAUCACAUACUGAGGGCUCGCCAGGGCGGGUGGGGUGAGCACAACUGGACCUAUGAUCUUUGUCACGUGUAAUAAAGCAUUUGGAAAAAGCACGGAUGCA